AAAAACUUCCCGGUCUAUAUGCCAAAAAAAAAACAGGCAUCCUUCCCAUACAAAAAGCAUUCACCACUUUAUUGUUUUAUUCACUAUCGAGGUGAAUUCGUGUGUUUGAAUACUGCUACACAUAUACAAAUGCACAUAAUUGGACAUAUCUGUCAAAAUAGUUACUGUACGAAUGACAGUUCGUCAUAGUGAAUUUUGUUUUUGACAACAUCAAACAUAUAUAACAAGCUGUUGUUUUACGUUUUAAUUACAUUUUUAUUCCAUAAAAUAGUUGAUAAAAUUGAGGUGAGCGAACUUGGUGGCAGUAAGAUUUCAAAUAAAAGUCAGUCAUUUGGAUUAUGCAAAUUUUUUGAGUUUCAAUCAAUUUUUUUAAAUAAUAAAAAAUAGUUUUUGAUUUGAAGAAGUGAACUGAUCUAUAUUUCAACACACUCAAUCUUGUGUUUUCUAUCACUAUCAUCUAUUCUCGAUGAAAUUUUAUUGUGUCUGAGGACGAGUUAAUUUUUUUUAAAGAAAUGGAAAUUAACUGAGAAGAAAAAUGGAAAAGAAUCUCUCGGAACUGACAAUCAAUAGAGAAGCUCACUGUAACAACCAUGGAGUAAUGCCAAUCAACGUAAAAUACAGCCCAAUGACUGCAUCCGCAAUGAAACGAAAACAUCAACAUGACAUUUCUUAUUUGCAUUCAAAGGAAAAGAAACAGUCUCACGAUGAAAAAACGCCAACAGAAUUCAACGAUAUGUGUGACAACGUGAUUGACUUGAUUUUGUGCCACUUGCAGCUGGAAGAUUUAGCAAAUGUAUCUGACACAAGCAAACGCCUUAAAAAUAUUGCUGGCUCAGUAUUUUCCCGAAGACAUAGACAUCAUCUAAUAUCAUUUGAUGCUUUUCAUCAUUCACAUGAUGUGAGUGAAUUACAACGUGAGAUGAAAGAGAAAAUUACGGGAAAUGUUUGUAAAAACAAAUUGAUCGUUAGAAUCCGUGAUGCCAAAAUUUGGUUCAAGCUAAUGCGAAAUUUUGGAGAAUCCAUUCAAUUUAUGCGUAUUGAGUGUGUUUGUAGGCUAAACUCAAAUGUCCCCGUUACAAACAUCCCGACCGCCUAUGAAAAUGUGAUCAAAUACGUUUUCGAAUAUUGCACCGAUUCAUUGGAGAUGCUAGAACUGAAAAGUUAUCCAUUUUUCCCCUUGAAUAAGCCAUUAAGCAAGUUACAUCAAUUCAUUACACGUGGAUUUGUGUACCCGGAAGUUUUGGAAUUAAUGCCAAAUCUACGUUGUUUGACUUUAAGUUCCGUUCCAAAAACAUUAGAAAAGUACUUUCCACAAUUAGAAUGAAUUUCUUUGCAACUACAUAGCGAUGAAGAAGCACAUUCACUCAUUUCUUUUUUGAGUAUGAAUCGACAGAUCAAAUAUUUAAAUUUGUUUUUAUCGUUAAAUGAUAUGAGAAAUUACUACAAUUUAAUAUAUUCUUCGAUCGUUGAAAACUUAACUCAAUUAAAAAAGUUCAAAAUAUACUCUAAUCAAAAAAAACUUACAUCAACAUAUCGGUUCAAAUCAGUCGAAUCAUUUUCGUGUUUCGGACAUUCAUUCGCAAAUCAACAAACUGCCUUAUUUGAGUUUGAAAAUCUUACAAGAUUACGUGUGCAUCUGAUUUCUCCAAAUUUUAAUUUGUUGAGCAUCGUUUUGCCUAAUAAAAAAUUGAAAAUACUGAAAUUGAAAGGAUCUUCAAAACAGUGUAGAAAUAAAAUCUAUAUUAGAAAAUUGCUGAGCGAAUUGCCUGAAUUAGAACAAAUCAUUGUUUGUCUCCCAGAGAAAAAUCUCUUGAAGUUGAAGAAAAUUCUCGGAAACGAAUGGAAACAAAUUCAAAUGAAAGAUGUUCCAAUAUUCAAGAAUUUGUGGUUCAAAUCGAAAUUUCAACGUAUAAAAUAAACUGUUUUUAUUCUAUACCACUGUGGUAUUACCACAUCAAUUCUAACAGAAUGUAUAAACACGGAAAAAUUCAAACUUUAGUUAUUAUUACUUUUAUUUAGCGAGUAAACUGGAAAAAUUUGAAAUCAUUUGGAAUCAUUUGAAUCUCGAU